AUGGAAGAGGGGAACGAGGAGUUGGCCAACAUGGAUUGUGGUGGUGCUACUGCUGCUGGUACCAGUGCGGAUGGAGGGGAUGGUUUCAUUGACAGAAGUAAAGUCAGGAUCCUGCUCUGUGAUAAUGACCUCUCCAGCUCCGAGGAGGUUUACACUCUUCUUUUGAAGUGUUCUUAUCAGGUUACAUCAGUCAAAUCUGCUAGGCAGGUGAUUGAUGCCCUGAACGCCGAGGGGCCAGAUAUUGAUAUCAUUCUUGCGGAGGUUAAUCUUCCAAUGAAGAAAGGCAUGAAGAUGUUGAAGUAUAUAACUCGCCAUAAGGAUUUGCGGCGCAUUCCAGUGAUCAUGAUGUCAGCUCAUGAUGAGGUUUCGACUGUUGUCAAGUGCUUGAGAUUUGGAGCAGCUGAUUACCUUGUUAAGCCUUUACGCUCCAAUGAGUUAUUAACUCUAUGGACGCAUAUGUGGCGGAGAAGAAGGAUGCUUGGAUUGACGGAGAAGAACAUUGUGAACUAUGAAUUGGACCUAAUUGCAUCAGACCCGAGUGAUGCUAAUACAAAUAGUACCACUCUGUUCUCUGAUGAUACAGAUGACAAGUCACGGAAGAGCAACAACCCUGAGACUGUGGCAUCAAUUCAUCCAGAUGAUGAAUCUGUUGUGGCUGCUGCUGCUGAUGCCGCUGCCGCUGCUGAUGCUUUUACCAUCACCGAACCUCUGCAUGGAAAUCCCCGAGAAUAUCUGCCUGCUGUCCCAGGAAUCACUGACCGCCGUCGUGCUGGAAACUUCUCAGCUGGCCCAAAGAAGAGCGAACUGAAGAUUGGGGAAUCUUCUGCCUUCUUCACAUAUGUCAAAUCAAGCCCAGUGAAAAGCAAUGCCCAAGAUGUUGUUGCUCAAAUUGAGGAGAGUAGGCCGAGGAUGGAAGAGAGAGUUGAUCAAAGCUAUGACCAGCAGCAGGCAUUUACCAACACUCAAUUACAGGAAAACGGGGAGGCUUGGGAAAGUUAUUCACAAGGAGAUGACUUCCGAAGCAGUGCUAGUGUCCCGGAUUCUCUUUCUCUAGACAGAUCUUGCACCCCUCCUGGAUCGAGGGACUAUCCCGAGUUGAAUUUCAAGGAAGAAAAUCUACAGCACAUGCUUCUUGGCAACCAUCAGAGAAAUGAAUCUCGACCUCAAGCUACAGGUAUACAAACACAAAAUUUCUAUUCGUAUUACAUGCAAGGGGUAAUGAAUCAAGUUAUGAUGCCAUCAUCAUCGUCGCAUCUACACGAGAAGAAUAUGCUUGAACUACUACAGAGUCAGGCUCAGUACAACAAUCAUCUUCUACAGCAUAAUACGAGCACCCAUGUACCUGGCCAGCCACCACCACCAUUUCCCUAUUACCCAGUUAGCAUAUGCUUACAACAACCUGGUCAAAUCCCUAGUAGUACCAAUAAUUCAUGGCAGCCAUCAUUUGGAGGUGGAGGCUCAUCCUUGGCAGAAUCCAGCAAAACAAACCAAGUAGAUAGAAGAGAGGCAGCACUGAUCAAGUUCCGGCAGAAGAAGAAAGAACGUUGCUUUGCUAAGAAGAUACGGUAUGUUAACCGGAAAAAGCUUGCUGAAAGGAGGCCUCGUGUGCGUGGACAGUUUGUUAGGAAGUUAAAUGGUGUGAAUGUGGAUCUCAAUGGGCAUCCAGCUGGUACUGAUUAUGAAGACGAAGAAGAGGAUAACGAUGAACUUGCAUCAAGAGGCUGUACCCCUGAGGAUGAGGCAUCUUGA